UCAAAGACAACAGACACUAUGACGUCACGUCUGCUACUCUGACGUCAUUGGAACACAUUGUUCCAGAGGACAUCGACACUGAAGUCUUGGAGAGUGUAUCCUAAUGAAACAUCUUCGUGUGACCAGUUGACCAGGAGAGAAGUUUAUUCAUUUAAAGAAAACCGAACAAAACAGCAAGCAGCCCUUGUAGUAAAACAGUUGUGCUAUCGUCACAAAGAACUUAAUACCUAGAAGCAAGCCAGCUGUCUCCUGUUGGUUAAUGGGUAUUGUGUCAAAGCUUGUGAAAGAAGUGACUAUUUUGGAGCAUUCGAUCUACAGAAAUAUGCUUUGUUCUAACUGCUAACUGAAGGAUUUGAUAUCCGUGUUGGGAAAGCUAAUUACCAAAAGUCUGUGACACAAUCUCUACACCACAGCUGCCAUCGUUACUUCCAAGACAACAGAACAAUGCCAGCCAAUGAAAAAUAUCUGGAAUCUUCGGUCGAUGUUCCUCCAUGCCCAGUGAUUAAAUCCCUCAAUGAUUUGAGGGAUUAUCGAAUAAUCACCUUAAACAAUGGCCUGAGAGCUUUGCUGAUCUCCGAUCUUCGAGACACCGAUGAAUACACGGAGAUCUCCUUUACCAGCGACACUGAGGAAUCAGAUGGUGAUUCUCUGCCCGAUGACGUACAAUCGGACCCCGACGAAUGUGAAAGUGAUGGCACCCCACGCAACAAACGUUGCAACAUCGGCAACAAGAAGAAGGUAAACCGAGCCCCUUCCCUCGUCACCCCAGACACACCCCAACUACACUCUGUUACAAGAAAUUUUGCUGUAAACAUUUCUGCUGUAGAAAAAUUCACUGCUGCUGCUGCUCUGUGUGUGGGUGUUGGGGGAAUGUCAGACCCUCCAGAUAUUCAAGGAUUGUCACACUUCCUGGAGCACAUGGUGUUCAUGGGAAGUAAGAAAUAUCCAAAAGAAAAUGAAUUUGAUGAUUUCCUUGCACGUCAUGGUGGAUACUCAAAUGCUUGGACAGAUUAUGAAGCCACGGUUUUUUACUUCAACGUCCAACGGAAGUUCUUUGAGAAGGCUUUGGAUAUGUUUGCUCAGUUCUUCAUCUCGCCCCUUAUGCGGGAGGAUAGCAUCAAUAGGGAGAUUAAAGCUGUCGACAGUGAAUUUGAAGAAGGACGUCCUGACGAUGAUAAUCGGUCUGCUCGUUUAUUGGCCAAUCUCUGUAGAACCGGUCACCCAAUUGGGAAUUUUAUUGAAGGGAAUCUGACGUCUCUUCGCACUGAUCCCAAUAAAAGUAACAUUAAUGUAUACAGUCGACUGAAGGAGUUUCACAAGAAGAUGUAUUCGGCCCAUUUUAUGACCCUUGCUGUCCAAUCAAAAGAAACCCUCGAUGUUCUCGAUGAAUGGGUCAGAGAAAUAUUCUCCAAUGUUCCAAAUAACAAUGAAGCUAAACCAACAUUUUCACAUGAACCAUGUCCUUUUGAUACAACAGAAUUCUCCAAGUUCUACCAUGUUGUGUCAGUGAAAGACACCCACAAAGUCUCGUUGAACUGGGCUCUGACCCCUCUUAAUAAACAUUAUGAGUCCAAGCCUUUAGAUUAUCUCUCUACGCUGUUCUUACACGAAGGUGCUGGAAGUAUUCUUUCUUAUUUGAAGAAACGGAUGUGGGCCCUGCACAUUGAAGGGGGAAACGCUACCAGUGGGUUUGAGUUCAAUUCUGUCUGGUCCUGUUUCUAUAUUGACAUUAUUCUCACAGAUUCUGGAGUCAAUCACAUUUACGAGGUCCUAACUGUGGUGUUCCAAUACCUGGAAAUGGUGAAGAACAAAGGACCACUGAAAUAUAUUUAUGAUGAAGAAAAAGCUAUUCAAGACAUGAAGUUUCGCUGGCAGGAAAAGGGUUCCUCAGUUGACUACGUGGAGCGACUGAGUGAGAAUAUGCAGGUGUACAACAAGGAGCACUAUUUGACCGGAGACUGUCUUCUCUUUCAGUAUAAUGAAGAGCUCAUUAAAUCCUGUUUAGAUCAACUGAGUCCUGCCAAAACCAAUGUCAUCUUAUUGACCAAAAAAGACUCCAACCUUUGCACCAAAGAUGAGAAAUGGUAUGGCACUAAAUAUUAUGAUACAGAUUUUGACCCGGAAUGGUUAGCAAAAUGGCAGAACUUGCAAUUGAACCCAGAACUGUAUCUACCAGAACCCAACAAGUACCUCGCAAAGGACUUUUCUUUGAAAGACGUCCCACCAGAACAGAAAGAUAAGAGUCCAUUUUUGAUCAUGGAGAAUGAGAAAUGUAAAUUAUGGUUCAAGAAAGACACCAAGUUUAAUAUCCCAAAAGUCCAAACAUUCUUUAAACUGAUGAGUCCAGUGAUUGGGGAGUCACUAGAAAGUUCCAUCCUCUUUGAACUGUUCAUUGAUGUUCUCCUGCAGAAGUUGGCAGAACCAACCUACCAUGCCAUUGAAGCUGAUCUCAGCUACUCCCUCACAGACAAGAAAACUGGAUUGGUAAUCUUAGUGAAAGGAUUCAAUGACAAAAUACCUGAAUUAUUCCAAACCAUUGUCGAUGAAUUGGCAAACUUUGAAUUUAGCGAUGAACUUUUUGAAGUCUGUAAAUCACAGCUGCAGAAGGAUUACUAUAAUUCUAUGAUUAGACCAUAUAACGCUGCUUGUGGCCUUAUGUUGGCUGUUAUCAUGGACAAGUUCUAUUCUCUCCCAAAUAAAUACUGUGAACUGCCUAAAUUGAAGCCAGAUAUGUUAAGAAAUUGGUACCAACAGUUCCGGUGCCAGAUAUACUGUGAGGGUUUUGUCAUCGGCAAUAUGACUACAGAGACUGCUAAAGGCAUGAUGGAAUAUCUCGUGGAUAAGAUGAAUGCUAAGGCUUACAUUGAAGAUUGUUUUCAAAAUUGUCUGCUGCAAUUACCAGUUGGUCAGUUCUGUUGCCAAGUCCAGAGUUUCAACCUGGACAGCCCCCACUCUACUAUACUGAUGUAUUACCAAGUUGAUCCUGGCAGCAUCUUUACCAGUUGUCUUAACGAAAUGUUGGUGACUCGAAUGUAUGAGCCUCUCUUUGAUAUUCUGCGGACCAAACACCAACUGGGUUACAGUGUUUCUGUUUCUGAAGAAGUUCGCAGAGGAAUUCUUGGAUUCUCUAUUGUCAUUGAAUUUCAAGCACACAAGUACAGCCCUGAACUUGUCAAUAACAAAGCCUAUGCUUUCAUAAAGGAUUUUGUUGAUAUGAUGGUUAAUUUGACAGCAGAAGAGUUCCAAUCAUUGAAAGAAAGUUUGAUCACAGCCAAAAAAUGUGAAGACACGAAGCUAGCUGAGGAAGCGAGGAGAUACUGGCAUGAAAUCUUCUACCAAAUAUAUGUGUUUAAUCGUCUGGAAAAAGAGGUCGAAGCCUUACAUCGAAUCACCUACACCGACUUUAUCAAUUAUGUCAAGAAAUGUUUACUCAACGAAUGCAGAGUGGUCAGUCUGCAGGUUAUUGGCAAGAAAUCAAUUAAGAAGAAGAAGAAAAAGAACAAAAAGAGUGAUGCCUCAUCAAGUUCGGAAAGCAACCCUGAGGCAUCUGGUGACACAACAGCAAUGCAAGACAUUCGGUCUGCCUACACCAUGUUGACUUGCAACUGUGCACCGUCUCCAACAGAAGCGAAAUGUAUUAAAAUUACAAAUAUUGACGAGUUUAAGGAGACUCUCACGAAAUUACCAAACCAUAAAAUUAAAACCUUAAAUUAUUAGCUUUGCUUUUUUUUUUUCCACCCCCAAACUUUUGAAUUAAAUUUCCAAGAUUUUUAUUUAAAUUCAAAAACAUCCACCCAUACCAAUAAAAUUUUAUAAAAUAAUAAAGAAAAACCGGCCCCCCCCCCCCACCAUUAUUUCCUGAUGACUGUUACAACAGUGAUGAUGAUGAUGGAACGUUUCAGAAAAUAAAUGGAAAUUAUCUGAAUUAAAA